CUCGCCGUGGUAUCAGGGAACCAAACCACACGGUCGCAGACAACAUCAGCGGGUCCCCAAGUGAGGGGACAAACUGGAAAUGACAGAAACAAGACCCACCAGUCAGAUGCAAUGUACCGGGGGCCCUACCUAAGUCCUAAUGCAAGGAGCCUGCGCCGCAUGGGGACGGAGACCGGCCGGCCGUGUGUUUCUCUAGUGGCAGCACUAGUAGCUGCGCGAUUAGGGCCCCCGAUGACCUUGCCUCCAGUCAGUCUCCACUGGCCACCCGUCGGUCCUAUCGACUAUUUCGACGGAGUAGAUAGUCUCCAACUGAGUCGCCAUCUGUCCAGCCCAGCACGGCUGGCUGGCUGGCCUGACCCGCCUCCAAAGCUUACCUACCUCGUGCACCCCCCUCAGUGUUCCCAAUUGUCCACUUCAGGGUCAUUGUUCAUUUACCCCUGGACACACGCAUAUAUCAUCCCCGGAUACAGCUGCUGAAUCCGGCGCCCAUCGACCGGGCCUGCAUGCAUAUCCCCGAGCUGGCUAACUGCUAACAACUAACAAGCAACACUAACCGCGGUAGUGGCGUUAGAAUGCUGUACCUCGAUCAACGGCUUUAAUUUCUGCUGCAUCUCGACUGGAUUGUUGCAGUGGUCGGUCUAGCUAGCUGGCCCGUUGCGUUAUAUUAUAUUAAUCGCUCGCACUUCCUC